AUCUACGUUGAACCGACGCUUUCAAAUCUGCAAAAUGUCGUCGUCGUCCGUUUGUGUCGUUCUGCUGCUGUCUGCCGUUUCAGCUGUUUGCUGGGGUGAGGAAACUUGUUAUUCUUAUGCUGGUGGUCAGGUUUAUCCACAGGAAGAUAGGAAGCUGUCCGGACACACGAUUCAAUGGAGCAAGGCCAUAAUUUCUAAACCAGCCCCUGAUUGGAACGGUACUGCUGUGAUUAAUGGAAAGUUUGAAGAGAUCAGCCUCAAAAGUUUUCAAGGCAAAUAUCUUGUGUUCUUCUUUUAUCCACUUGACUUUACAUUUGUAUGUCCAACAGAAAUAAUUGCUUUCAGUGACAGAAUUGGAGAAUUUAAAGCUAUAAAUACUGCUGUGGUUGCCUGCUCUGUUGACUCUCAUUUCACCCACUUAGCAUGGAUCAAUACACCACGAACCAAAGGGGGUUUAGGACCACUGAAUAUUCCACUUCUCUCUGACCUCACACAUGAAAUCUCCAAAUCUCAUGGUGUAUUCCUUCAGAAUCUUGGCCAUAGUCUACGUGGUCUGUUUAUCAUUGACUCCAAGGGAAUUCUGCGUCAGAUCACAAUGAAUGAUCUGCCAGUUGGCCGAUCUGUUGAUGAAACACUACGUCUGGUGCAAGCCUUCCAGUACACAGAUAGCCAUGGAGAGGUGUGUCCAGCAGGUUGGAAGCCUGGUGGUGAUACGAUUAUCCCAGACCCAACUGAUAAGCUGAAGUAUUUUGAAAAAACCAACAAGUCUAAUAAAUAAAUUUUUACUGAAUCUAUUAUUUUUAUAGUUUAUUCUUAACCAUUAA